AAUUUCUCCAAUAAAUACACUCGCUUCAAUCACGCCCUCUCUCUCUCUUCAAUGGAAGACGACCAUGAGAGCGGAUUUAGCGCCCCGUUAUCUAUUGUUUCUCUGACUCCAUUCUCGCCCUCCCCGCGCCGGCUCUCGACCCAUUUUACCAAGCCAAACCGGCCCGUGCGAGCCGCGAGACAGCUCGCAUGGGUGUCCCUCCAGGGCCGGCUCGUGGGCGCCGAAGAAGCCAGCUCGGCUACGACCAUCGGCGGUGGGUUGAGCCCAGGUGAAGCCGUAGCUUGGGAACUGUUCAGCCCCAUGCAUCGGAUUCUAGUGGUUGCUGUUGUAGCCGUUGCGGCCGCCAAUUCGAAGAAGAACCGGCAGAUUUUUCAGCUCAUGAAAUCAGUUGAACUUAGGGAUCAGGUGCUUUUAAGCAUGCAACAGAAGCUUGAUAAUUUGUGCGAGCAAGUGAAUUAUUUUAAGGAUCAACCAGGAACUUGGGAGGACAUGUCUUUCUCCAAUAAUGUUGAUUUCCUGUUUAAUGAACCAAUUGCCUCUGAAAAAGUUAAAACAGUUGCCUGUGGCCACCGGCUUUCUGAUCAGCAUCAGGCAAACGAUCAAAUGGAUAACUCAGUGGUCAGACGUUCGAGUGGUGAUGAUUUGUACAAGUAUAAAAGCCGUCUAUCUAAUGUGGUACAACCAGAUGAGCGUCGCAUGUCUGAUUUGUCGGAUUGGGGUUCUAGUGUCACUUCCUGUGUUGAUGGAAAGCUAAACACACUAGUGAUUGGACAAGAUAUAUACAAUCUCAAGAAGGAAUGUGAAGAAAAGGAUGCCACCAUAAAGGAGCUAUCCACUUAUCUACACUCAUCUGAAGCUGCUGGUUCUAAGAGGAUUGCAGAGUUGGAAGACAUUGUCCGUACGAAGAACAUGAGAAUUACAAGACUGAAGAAGGACAUGUUGGUCCUAGAACAGAAGUUAGUCCACUUGACAAGACUUCGGAGACCCUCUUUCACAAGCUCAAACAUAAGGCUGCUACCAGUGAUGGCAGAAAACCUCCUGUAUGAUAUGGAUAGCACCACCGGGUCUUCAUCUUCUGAUUCAGAAUACCCUCCCAGAAACCGCCCACAAGCUUCUCUUGUCAAAAAUCAAGAUACUUCUGCUUCAAGUAGUGAUGUUGCUUCGAGGAGGAAGGAAAAUUCAGAACAGAAAAGUGGCUGUGGGUCCUUAAUGAAACAAACAGACAGGUGGCAAAAAUCCAGACCUGUAAGUCCUCUGAAAGAAAAAUCAAUGAAUGAGGAUUUAGGACCCAUUUCCAAACCAAUGAAAUUGCUAUCAGCUGGUGGGGAUCUUAAAACUAGGAGGAGAGCUCAAACUGGAUCUAAUGCUGCAGCCUCACAGAAGAGAUGGGUUUAAUAACUGCGGGCACAACAAGUACUUUGUGAAGAUCCAUUUUCAAGCCUUAGGUUUUGUUUCUAUAUGCGACAUGCCGGCAUAUACAACAUGCUGAGGUGUUUCAGUACCAAAGUUGCAUGAACAGAGGGGACCCCUUUGUGUAGCUUUGAAAGUUGUUUAAGGGGAGAUAUAUAUACAGGGUCAGUACAUAUGAAUUAGGCGCGAAGCAUUACUAUUCUGCAAUGUUCUUAUUUGAAAGAAUAUAUAGUAGUAGUAUUUUGAGGACCAGUGGUUCUUUGACUUUCAGGGUUUCUAUAUUUCAAUUUAGGGAGUACUA